AGCUGUAUUUAAGAGUCCAGAAAAGUAAUUUUGUGACCGAAGCUCUUGCAGGCACUGAUGGUCUUAGAUGCAGGAUCGAUGCCUAAUUUGUAGUGUUUUGGCAUAUUUUGUGGAAUUUUCUAGAGCUGUAUGAAGCUGCUGCCUACAGGCGCAGCCAUGUUGGAUCCAAAACGAGAUCUCCAAAUGGCCCAGUUUUGCACCAGUGAUUUCAGAUGCAGGAGUUUGCCCUGCUACCGGAGGUUUGUUUGUCUUUCUUUAGAUGUAUUGAUGAUUUUAUUUUUUACAUUGCAGAUGCUUAUUUUUCACAAGAGAAUGACCCUUUCACUUUUUUUGCUCAUAAGUGACCUAAAUCCUUACUAUAUAGUUUCUUCUCUUCUAAAUAAAGAAAAAAAUAUAUAUAUCAAGGUUUUGUUUCCAUGUGCUGUUGUAUUGGAGUUUUACCAAGUUGCUUAACUAUAAAAUGCCCCAGCUAAAUAAUUACCCAACUUUAUCUCAUCUCCAGCUGCAGUCAACAAAAUCUGGAUUCAGCUUGUUUGUAGAAUCCCACCGCCCAUUUUUUCAGUUAUACUAUAAAAGAGGAGUUGUCAUCCCAGGUAAAAUUAUGUGCUUGAAGUGUUGUUGAAACAUCUGCACAGAGUGAAGCCUUUGCAAAAAUGAAGCUGCUUUUAGCAGGAAUUGUUCUCACUUUCCUCACUAUAUGUGACGCUCAGUGGUACAAGUUUCCUAUUGAAGCUGCUCAAGGAGCUCGUGAUAUGGCCAGAGCCUACAGCGACAUGAGAGAGGCCAACUUCGAAGGUUCUGACAAAUACUUUCAUGCCAGAGGAACCUAUGAUGCUGCGCAGAGAGGAGCAGGGGGGAGGUGGGCUGCUGAGGUUAUCAGCAAUGCCAGAGAGUGGAUACAGGAAAGUUUUGGUACCAGUACAAAAAAAACGGAUAUAGGAGAUCUUCAUGUAUAAAACAGAGGAGAUCCCAACCAUUACAGACCUGCAGGCCUUCCUGAUAAAUACUGAGAAUAUAACACGCAGUCUAAUAAAACUCAGGAUAAAACUGUA